GCUUCAAGUCAACACUCGAAGUUUGACCUUCGCUCCAGUCCCCGGAACCCCAACUCCGACAGGCGAACGCGGCAAUGCAAUGACGUCGUCGUCGUCGUCCUCCGUCUCGUCGGCACUAGACUCAAUCAACACCUCGCUCGCCGAGCUCUGCGCCGAUCACUACCGCCACUCUCCCUUCGACCUCCCCCGCCGCUUCUCCGGCUUUGCUGACCGCCUUCAGCUGUCACUCACCCACCUCACCCGCGCCACGCCAUCGCUCGACUCCCUCCCUCCCUCCGCCCACACCGCCCUCAAGGGCAUCGCCGCCGACCUCGCCUCCGCACUCGAAACUCUGUCGUUCUACAGAACCAAGGGCAAAAUCUCCGUCAUCAUCAACUGCCUCUCCCUCUGCUCCUCCCUCUGCGACCGCACAGUCGCCAUCUCCGGCUGGCUCGCCCUCCUCGACGCUGCGGUUCAGGACCUCAACCUCUCCGAUCUUCGCAAGAAGAUCGCCGAUCUCUCCAGAGACAUGAAGCAAGCUCACUUCACAGUUUCGGAGAAGGAAGAACGAGUUCAUCACAUUCUGCAGAAAGAAGGAUUAGCAACUCAAUCGAAGACCAGCAAAGUAGUGGAGAGCGCGAUAAUCAUGGACUUAGCCCGAGGGCUAGGGAUCGACGCUGAGAAUCACGACGAGCUCUCGAAGCAGAUCAGGCUUCUCAAAAACGACGUCGCAGGGUCCAAUUUGGUGUCGGAACGGCAGAUUCUGUGGUCGUUGGAGAGGAUUCUGAACAACUGGGCCGUGCAGCGUCCCAGUUUCUCGGCUUGGAAGAAGGGAAUGGAGUUCGAAGACGACGUUCACAUUCAGCCGUUUAAGAACUUUCUCUGUCCGCUGACGAAGGAGGUGAUGCGGGACCCGGUAGUGCUCCAGUCGUCGCAGACGUACGAGCGGACCGCCAUUAAUUACUGGUUCGAGCGGUGUUUGGAAGACGGGCGUGACCCGACUUGUCCGGUCACGGGUCAAGUUCUCAAGUCGCUGGAGGUGAAGCCGAACAUUGGAUUGUCCGGAGCUAUAGAGGAGUGGGUCAAUAGGAAUGUUGAUAUUGUGGUGAAAUUUUCAGCUCAGCAUCUGAGUAAAGAGCCUCCGGCGGUGGAUUGUGUGGAGGGAGUGCUGGAUAAUUUGUAUAACAUCUCGGAGGAGUAUCCGAAUUGUCGGUAUAGAGUUAGGAAUGGUGGCAUUCUUGUUCUUAUUGUUAAGAUGCUCAGGAACAGUUCCAAGAGUAUCGGGACAUAUUUGAGGAGCAAAGCUCUAAUGGUUUUGCUUAGCAUGGCUAAGGAUGAAGAAAGCAAGAAAAUCAUGCUUCAAGAGGGUAUCACUAGAUUGGCCAUACAUAGUCUUACCGGGAGCUCGGAGAGAGAGAGAGAGUAUGCUGUGAAACUUUUACUUGAGUUCUCUAGUGAUGAAGCUUGUUGCAUUAAAAUUGCAUCAGAGAAAGGUGCGCUGGUUCUUCUCUCAAGUAUGGCAGGAAACCUCGAGCAUCCUGGUUUAUCCAAAUUGGCUGAGGAGGUACUAAAAUGGAUGGAGAAGGUGGAGGUUAAUGUUCAGCAUUUGGCUGCGGCAGGGAGAUUUGAACCAUUGCUUACUCGACUUUGUGAAGGUUCCGAUGGUGCCAAAAUUGAAAUGGCAUCUUUGGUGGGAAGUAUGACCUUGACAAAUAGCAGCAAGGAACAAAUAGCUAGGCGAAGUGCUAAAAUACUGGUUGAGAUGCUAUCUAAGCCAGAAGGAAGAGCAGCAAGCUUGCAAGCGUUGUACAACUUGUCAAGUCUAGAUGACAAUGCAACCAUCCUCGUUGAUUCUGCUGUACUUCCCUCUCUUACAGCUAUCCUUUUUAUAAACCAGGAUACUUCACCAGAACUCAAAGAAUUGGCUGCAGCAACAAUUGCAAAUAUAGUGUCAAAUUCAGGGCACUGGGAAUUGGCAUAUGCUGACAAGGAAGGGCAUUCCAUGCAGUCAGACUCAUUCAUUUAUAGUAUUUUGGGAUCUUUACCACUUGCAUCUCCUCAAUGUCAAAUUUCUAUUCUCCACAUCCUAUAUGGAAUUGCAUCGUCUCCACAGGCAUCACAGUCGGUGGCUCGUCAUAUAAAAUCUGGGGAAGGGAUUAAAACCAUUUUACCAUUUCUUGAACACCCAGAAGUUGAACACAGGAUUCAUGCUUUUAGGCUUACAAGACUACUCUCAGAAAGGUGUGGUGAAGAUAUAGCUAACGAGCUAAGGCUUUCGAACAGGAUUCCCCUGUUACAAGACAAACUAUUAGACCACCAAUCAAUAGAUAGUGAGAGAUCUGAUGCCGCAUGCAUACUUGCGAACCUUUCUCUUUCGGAAAAUGAAGUGAAAACACUUCUUGAAGUUAGUUUUGUAAAUUGGACAGUUACUACUCUUAAAAGCCAGCGCCAAGCUUCCAGCGGGAGGAUUUCACGACCUGCAUCAAACUUGUUGGAAGGUCUUCUUGGUCUUUUACUUCACAUUACAAGGAAACCUGACCGGCAAACUCUUGGCACAUUCAAAGAGCAUAGCCUUAUUACUAUUUUCCACGAUCAUCUUAUCUAUCCUUCAAACCCAAGAGUGAGACAACUAGCUGCCCUUGGAUUGAAAAACUUGUCGGAAUAUGGAGGGUUCCUAGCUGCUGCGGAAUCAGAACCACGACCUCCCCAUGGAUUCUUUUCGUUGGUCUUCAUGUGUGGAAGCUCUUCUGUUGAACUACCAAGGUGUCCAAUACACAAUGUUUCAUGUGAAGAAGACAGUCAGUUGUGCUUGCUAAAGAGCAACUCCAUCACACCCCUCGUUGAUCUACUGAACGACGAGGACACCAGUGUUCAGAUUGCUGCAGUGGAGGCACUGUCCACUCUUGUAAUAGAAACUUCUAGCAGCUUCAAAAGAGCAGUUGACCAGCUCGAAGAUUUGGGUGUGAUUGAAGCUGUGAUUAACCUUUUCAGGGCAGUUCGACCGGGCGAGCUUCAGGAGCGAACAACUUGGAUCAUAGAGAAAGUGUUGAGAGUCGAAAACCAUAGACAUUCACUAAACCAGGCUCUGGUUUGGGCAUUGGUGGAAGCCUUCAAGCACGGCAAUUCGAACACCAAGAGACAGGCUCAGGCUGCUCUUACCCAUCUGAAGCAGUUAUCCGCGGUUAGUGGAAUAUCGUCACGUCAAAGUCGGACACAUGGGUAGUUUAUGACGACAUGGAUGAAAUUUUGUUGUAAUUUUAGUUUUUACCAAGUCUCUCUUAGGGAGCUGUUAUCAGUACUCCAAAAAUCUCUGCGAUUGAAAUUUUUGAAGUGCUAGAGAUUUUUGGAGUGCUAAUAACAGUUCCCUUAUCUUAACUCGUAAAUUACUUUAUAGUUGUACUCGCAGUGAUUGUCUUUGCGUUCAUUGUUGUAACUUGUAAGAAAGUAGAAGGGGGUUGUGUUCUACAUUGGGCUUACAAGUCAUAUCCUGUAAAUUAAUCUCAAGCUUGAUUUUUCAUGUUCAAAUUAAAUUGAAGCUUCUUAA